GCGUGGUCCCAUGAUAGGUUGUCACCUGUGCACUAAGUCCAUGCGUGACAUUUCCUGGCUGCUAAAUAUUCCACGCUCAACUGUUAGUGGGAUUAUAACAAAGUGGAAGCAACUGGGAACAACAGCCACUCAGCCACCAAGUGGUAGGCCACGUCACAUGACAGGGCGGGGUCAGCGCAUGCUGAAGCGCACAGUGCGCAGAAUUCGCCAACUGUCUGCAGAGUCAUUAGCUAAAGACCUCCAAACUUGGUGUGGCCUUCAGAUGAGCCCCAACAACAGUGCAUAGAGAGCUUAAUGGAAUGGGUUUUCAUGGCUGAACAGCGUUGGAUGCCAUGGUCACAUGAUUGCUGCAUGCUAGUAUGCAAAGUGUGGAUGCAGUGGAGCAAAGCACACCACCACUGGACUCUAG